AAUUAAAUAACAUAACCUGACAUAACCUAACUAUAUUCCACAUCCAACUUAUGAUUAUUUUAUUUAGUUGUUGAAAACAAUUAAUUAUUAAUGAAACUUUAUAGCAGGAAAGUUCGUCGAUUUUUAGAUUUGUGGCCAGGGAAAAGAUACUUUGGCGUGUAUCGUUUCUUGCCUAUCUUUUUUAUUUUGGGUGCUGCAUUGGAAUUUUCUAUGAUAAAUUGGAAAGUAGGAGAAACUAAUUUUUAUAGAACUUUUAAACGCAGCAAAGCACGAAAAAUUUUAGAAGAAAAGUUGGAAACAUCGAGCUAACAUGCCAGCAGGAACUUCUUGGUCACG